AUGAAAGCAGCGAAAAUCAUCAUAGGAUGCUCCAAGGGCACAAGUAAUGCGGCCGUCAGGGUAGAAUUGGGGAUCCAAUCCCUACGGUCGGGAAGAGACGCAAGGAAGCUGACAUGGCAGUAUCGCAUGUGCGUGAUGGGAGAGGGUCUACAGGGGAAGAAGAAGGUGGUUCGUGGAUUUCAGGAGGUUCCGUCGAAGGAGAUGGCGGACGGAUCUCGAGAGUACGCCUUCGAGCGCAAGCACCUGUACGGCGUGAUGGGUAUCCUCAUCACCACCGGACUGACCAAGAAGCCGAGGAUCAUCGAUCACUGGGGCGUCGAAGCCCACAACAACAACCCCCUGGUCCGGGCCUGCAUGCCUCGAGACCUCUUCAUUCUGUUCUACGGCCGCUUCUUCCACUUGGCACCUCCCACCGGCAAGCUCAAGAAGCAUGAUCCCCAGUACGACAGCAAACACCACAUCAGGUAUGCCCCAUAGAAAAAUACGCACGCCAACAGACAGCAAUUGUAGGUACGGUGGAUGGGUAUGUUAUACUUUCGUUUGGAGGAUACUUUGUUUUAUUUUCAGUUUUGGGGACCAAUAUGGGGUGAUGUUUGCCCUUGGCGCUGUGUCGUCUCCUUCGCCCUCUCAGCAGAAUGGCCUAAAUAUUGCUGAAUAGAAAUUGGUCGAAUACAAACCGUUUGGGCCCACCGGAAGCUGCUUUGAAACAAAGUGUGUGUCGUAAUCGGAACACGAAACAUCCGUAUCGGUGUUGGCCUUCAAAUUCCUCAGGUU